GCGAUUGACGCGGCCUGAAGGCCAAUGACGAGCGAGCUCGGGCGGGCCUCCGGCCAAUGGGCAGUGCGGCCCGCCGCGGGGGGCGGGCGCCGGGGCCGAGGGUAGCUUGAGCGCGGCGGCGGCGUUGUUCAGUCAGAGCGAGAACAUUCCAGAGGUCGCCAGGCUCGGCGCUGCCGGUGUGGUCGCGGACGUCGCUGGGACAGCCCCUCCCGCUGCUCGGCGGCGGCACCUGCCCGGCCGCCCCUCCGCUCGCCCGCCCCGCCGCUCCGGACCCGGUUUCCAGCGCCUCUUCCUCCCAGUCCCGGGCGAGCCGCGUUGGGUUUAUGUCUUUAUUUGACGAAAACGAGCUGUUGCGCAGCCAUUGGUACCUGUAUUGGGGAAACAUAGCGUACAAGCAAGGAGCUUACAGCCUCAGCGGCGAAAAUUUUUUCAUGUCAGAGACCGAGAACUCUUGCAGUCGUUUAUGUCAUCCCUUCUUCUCCAGACAGAAGAUACCAAAAAGUUGCAAUCAAAGAUCUCUUCACCUUAUUGAUAAAGCCACUAAUAAGCCAAAAUGUCUGUCAACGUCAACCGCAGCGUGUCAGACCAGUUCUAUCGCUACAAGAUGCCCCGUCUGAUUGCCAAGGUUGAGGGCAAAGGAAAUGGAAUCAAGACAGUCAUAGUCAACAUGGUUGACGUUGCAAAGGCGCUUAAUCGGCCUCCAACGUAUCCCACCAAAUAUUUUGGUUGUGAGCUGGGAGCACAGACCCAGUUUGAUGUUAAGAAUGACCGUUACAUUGUCAAUGGAUCUCAUGAGGCGAAUAAGCUGCAAGACAUGUUGGAUGGAUUCAUUAAAAAAUUUGUUCUCUGUCCUGAGUGUGAGAAUCCUGAAACAGAAUUGCAUGUCAAUCCAAAGAAGCAAACAAUAGGUAAUUCUUGUAAAGCCUGUGGCUACCGAGGCAUGCUUGACACACAUCAUAAACUCUGUACAUUCAUUCUCAAAAACCCACCUGAGAAUAGUGACAGUGGUACAGGAAAGAAAGAAAAGGAAAAGAAAAAUAGAAAGGGCAAAGACAAGGAGAAUGGUUCUGUAUCCAGCAGUGAGACACCACCACCACCACCACCAAAUGAAAUCAGUCCUCCUCCACAUGCUGUGGAAGAAGAGGAGGAUGAUGAUUGGGGAGAGGAUACGACUGAAGAAGCUCAAAGGCGUAGAAUGGAUGAAAUUAGUGACCACGCAAAAGUUCUAACACUCAGUGAUGAUUUGGAAAGAACUGUAGAAGAGCGUGUCAAUAUCCUGUUUGAUUUCGUUAAGAAAAAGAAAGAAGAGGGUAUCAUUGACUCAUCAGACAAAGAAAUUGUUGCAGAAGCAGAAAGGCUGGAUGUAAAAGCCAUGGGCCCUCUUGUUCUAACUGAAGUUCUUUUUAAUGAGAAGAUUAGAGAACAAAUUAAGAAAUACAGGCGCCAUUUCUUAAGAUUUUGUCACAAUAACAAAAAAGCUCAGCGAUACCUUCUUCAUGGUUUGGAGUGUGUGGUGGCAAUGCAUCAAGCUCAGCUCCUUUCCAAGAUUCCACAUAUCUUAAAGGAGAUGUAUGAUGCAGACCUUUUAGAAGAGGAGGUCAUCAUCAGCUGGUCGGAAAAGGCCUCUAAGAAAUAUGUCUCAAAAGAACUUGCCAAAGAGAUUCGUGUCAAAGCGGAACCAUUUAUAAAGUGGUUGAAGGAGGCAGAGGAAGAAUCUUCUGGUGGUGAAGAAGAAGAUGAAGAUGAGAACAUUGAGGUGGUGUAUUCAAAGACUGCCAGUGUACCGAAAGUUGAAACUGUGAAGUCUGACAACAAGGAUGAUGACAUUGAUAUUGACGCCAUUUAAGAGUGGAUGCAACCUAGCUUAACAGUGUAAUGCUGCAAAUUUUUCUCCAUUAUCAGCCAGAAGUGCAACAUGUAUGUGUAAAAGCUAAAAUGGCUUAACAUCAUGCUACACUUUAUACUAAAAAUCUAUUACUGUGAGUGGUCUGUAAUUAAGCCAAAUGAGACAUCUAGGAAGUCCAUACACACAUCAGUGAGCAGAUGUAGUUUGCUUAUUUAUAGCAUGUUUCUUUUGGAAAAACUAGUGGUGGACACAUUUGGAUCACAUUUAUACAGUUAUAAAAAUAAAGAUUUGAUUUUGGUCAUUCUUCAGAUUUUGGGCUCUGAAUGACUUAGCUAAAGUAAUUGGCUCCUUUUAAAAAGUUGUGCCAUCAUUUAACCUGAAAUGGUCUUGGGAGCCUGGUAGAUUUUGUUAGGUGCUGAAACCAUACAGGCGUUUUCAGCAGAAUGUAAACUUGUUUGUAAUGACCUUAUUCAGCUGUUAAAUCUAGUACUUUGGAAUUUUUAGUCCUUCAAAUUGGCAUCCAAUAAUUUUUUUGUGCUGAGGUAGAUUGAUAAUCAAAUGACAUCUUGCUGAAGAAAUAAAAAUGACCUGAGUGUCCUAUAAAUAAUUUUUAAGAACUAGUUUUGAAGCUUGAAGUUGUGGUUUUUCAGUUCAUGUACACUUAGCCCUACAUUGUAGUCAUUGGUGUCAUGUGCAUUGCACGUUGGAUGAGCCAGGGAAAAAUUAUUACAUUAACAAAUAAGUAUUUUAAUGUGUAUGUAGUGGUUGCUUUGUACCAAGGGAAAACUCAAACUUUGAGGUGUGAUUAAAUAAUAAACUGAUUUUAUUUGGGGGAA